GGCGAUUUGGGCUCGACGAAGGGUUUUGUCGCCGUCGUCGAGGGGUUUCUGGUUCCGGCCAAAUUCUGAAGCUUCUUCUCAAUGAAAAUAUUAGAGGCAAACGCAGGCCCUCUUACUAAUUUCGAGGUUCUCGACUUUCUAAGAUCGAAGGGAGCAGCUAAGGAUCCCACUAGGGUUCUUGCGAAAGUGGCACCAUCUGAGUACAAGGUUUAUGAUUAUUUGAAUCAAACUCCUGCUUCUAAUCAAACGAGAGAAGCUAUUAUUGAGUUUGUUGACAAGUCCAAAAAGUACGAUCUAGCGAAAGCUGAAAUUCUGAAUAUCGUUAACUUGCGGCCGAUUACUCCGGUUGAGAUAUUUCCGAUUAUAGAAGAAAGUGAUGUUCGUAUGGGAGAUGAUGGAAUUCAAGAGCUUACGGAGAUGGUGGAACAGGUGUUCCCCGCACCUCAAUCAACAUCCGAAGUAGCUCCAUGUAAAGAGGCCGAAGCCAUGGAGAAGGAGGAAGGAGUUGGGGGUACCGAAGAAGAAACCGUGGUAACAACUUGAACCCAUUUCAAAACUUAGGUGAAUGUCUGUAGAUUAAGCCUAAAUUUGCUGCCUCAGUUCAAAAAGAGCUUCCACAAGGUUGGCCUGUAAACGAUAAACCCAAAAAGACAUGGCUCUGUACUGCAUCUUCAAGCCUCAACUCGACUAUUCAUAAUGUGUAGACAAGGGUUCUAGGUGAAAAAGAUAGAAACUGAGAGGGACAGUUCCCAAAAAUAGAAUGAGAAAUCAAAGUUAAAGAAAGCUUUUGAGUGGUAAACAACGAAAAUAGCUGGGCUUCUUUUCAUCACUAUUCUUCUGUUUGUUAAAUAUACCCUAAUAUUUUAGACAUGGAAGAAGAAGCCGAGAUUUUCUUUUCCCUAGGGUACUCACCAUCUCCUUACAAAGCAACAGCAGAAGCAGCACAUGCUCCCGACACUGAAUUACUGACAGCAACAUUACAUACUCUCAUAAUUUCAGCGUCAUAUCAUACAUACUAGAUAUUAUCU